UCUACAUUCACCUGCAUUUUUAUUGUUCGGUAACUGAAAAAGCUUCCCCUUUGUUUAUUGAAGUACGACUGAAGCGUCAUGAUGAAUAGAUUCAGAGUGAGAGGGAUGAAUUCGGCUACUAGAACGUAUUUGUUCCAGAGGAUGCUUGUUUUAAAGAAUGUUCUUUCGCAAAAGCCACCUCUCGGUCAACGGCUCAGCUCUACCCAGGCAAAUGAAGAAGGAGGAUCAUCACUCAUGAGCAAUCUCCUGCUUGUCAUACCAGUUGCAGCUUUUGGUCUUGGCACCUGGCAGGUUCAGAGACGCAAAUGGAAACUGGGCCUCAUCAAGGAUCUACAAGAGAGAUCUAAUGCUCCUCCUGUUCCUUUGCCUCUAGAAGCCUCGGAACUAAAUGAGCUGGAAUACAAGAAGGUCAGAGUGCGUGGUUCAUUUGAUCACAGUAGAGAGAUGUACAUCCUUCCAAGGAGUCUCUUGCAAGCCGAUGAAGGUGGUCAUUCAGGUAGCAUGAUGGCCGGCGGACAGACGGGUGUCCAUGUCGUCACUCCAUUCCACUGCUCAGACCUAGGUGUUGAUAUUCUGGUGAACAGAGGCUGGGUUACAAGGAAAAGCCAGGAUCCACAGAAAAGACUCUCGGGACAGCAAACGGGUGAAGUUGACUUAGUUGGUUGUGUCAGGUUAACAGAAAAGAGGGCUCAGUUCAUGCCAAACAACGAUGAAGUGAAGAACAGAUGGCACUAUCGUGAUCUUGAGGCUAUGUCUAGAGUGGCUAAAACCCUGCCUAUAAUGAUCGACGCUGAUAGAGGUAGCACAGUGCCUGGAGGACCCGUAGGAGGACAAACUAGAAUCAGCCUUAGGAAUGAACACAUGCAGUACAUCUUGACAUGGUACAGUUUGUCUUUGUUCACUAGUCUGAUGUGGUAUUAUGGUGUCUACAAGAAGCGUAUGGUUCCACCGAGGAUAUAGCGUCAACAUCAUACCUCACGCAAGGUCCCCCAAAUUUGCAAAGCUUUACUCGUCUUGAGUGAUACUGUGGAGUCUGCUCCAAAGUUAUGAUCCCUCAGAUCAUAUAGACUCAACAUGAUGCUUCAAAAAGACUGCAAACUUUCAUAAGUAUUAUGUCAUUCUAUGGUGUCUGCAAGAUGCAAAUUAUUGCAUUUUGGAUAUAUAUUCAACAUAAUGUUGAAGAGCGUGUCUGUAGAGUAUAGAAACAUGUUAUCGCAGUCUCCAAGAGAUAAUUUGUGUGUGUGUGUGAGGUACCUUUAGAAGCAGUUAGCCCUGUGUACUGGUACUUUGUAAAGUUAUGUGAAUAUAGAUGUGAUUUCAAAGAUAAUAAUUCAGACAACCAUACAGAGACUGUUCAGGGCUUUAAGUUACACCAUCUUUCUUCAUAAGGGGAUGCAGAUUGAUUGAGUUUAUAGUCUGUGUUUCACAAAGAUCCGAAGGUUGAGCUUAUCUCUAAGCUGGACUUAACAAUUAUCGAAAGCUGUUAGCAUCUUUGAAAAUAUUUUGUAAAAGUUAUUUUAAAAUGCAUAAAAUAUUGA